AGCUGUCCUCUCGCCUCUCAGGUAUAUCGCUGGUCGGCCACUAAGUCCAGGCUAGUAGCCUAGCUAGCAGCUGUCCCGGGAUAUGGCUGCAGUUAUUCUGAAUUUCCCCACCCUGCAGGGUAUGAGAAAAUUUACACAGACACUGUCAUGGACCAAAGGAUGUGUGAAGUUUGUUUCAGGAGGAGUGGGAAAGAUAGAAAAAGUGCUGAUAGCAAAUCGAGGAGAGAUUGCGUGUCGUGUGAUGCGCACGGCCAAAAAGAUGGGUGUUCGCUCUGUGGCUGUGUACAGUGAUGCAGACAGACACUCCAUGCAUGUGGCCAUGGCAGAUGAGGCUUACCACAUUGGACCUGCAGCCUCCCAGCAGAGUUACCUGUGUAUGGAGAAGGUUUUGGAAGUGGCAAAGAGAUCUGGAUCAAAUGCGGUCCACCCUGGCUAUGGUUUUCUCUCAGAGAAUACAGAGUUUGCAGAGGCCUGCAAACAGGAGGGCAUCAUCUUCAUAGGUCCCCCAUCCUCUGCCAUCCGUGACAUGGGCAUUAAGAGCACAUCAAAACACAUCAUGUCUGCUGCUGGCGUGCCAAUCAUUGGUGGUUACCAUGGUGAGGAGCAAUCCAACCAAAGACUUCAAGAAGAAGCAGCCCGGAUUGGUUAUCCUGUGAUGAUAAAGGCAGUCCGUGGAGGCGGGGGGAAGGGUAUGCGUAUCGCCCGGUCAGAUUCAGACUUUUUAGAGCAGUUGGAGUCAGCCAGGCGAGAGGCAAAGAAGUCCUUCAACGAUGACGUUAUGUUGGUGGAGAAAUUUGUAGAGGACCCGAGACACGUAGAGGUGCAGGUGUUUGGGGACCAGUAUGGUAAUGCUGUCUAUCUUUUUGAGAGAGACUGUAGUGUCCAGAGACGACAUCAGAAAAUCAUAGAGGAGGCGCCAGGGCCGGGCAUUAGCCCUGACGUUAGGAGGAAACUUGGAGAGGCUGCGGUUAAAGCAGCCAAGGCUGUCAACUACAUAGGGGCAGGCACGGUGGAGUUUAUCAUGGACGCCCAGCAUAACUUCUAUUUUAUGGAGAUGAACACCAGACUGCAGGUGGAACAUCCCGUCUCUGAGAUGAUCACUGGAACAGACCUGGUGGAGUGGCAGCUCAGGGUGGCAGCAGGUGAGCGCUUGCCUCUCCUCCAGGAUGACAUCGUCUUAAGAGGACACUCAUUUGAAGCUCGCAUCUACGCUGAAGACCCCAACAAUGACUUCCUGCCUGGGGCAGGCCCUCUGCUGCAUCUCUCCACCCCCCAGUCAGAUCAACAAACACGAAUUGAGACCGGUGUCCGGGAAGGGGAUGAGGUGUCAGCCCAUUAUGAUCCCAUGAUAGCUAAACUGGUGGUGUGGGGAGAAGACCGGUCGGCUGCCCUAAAGAAACUGAGAUAUUGCCUAAGACAGUACAAUAUUGUGGGUCUGAACACCAACAUUGACUUCUUGCUGAGCCUGUCAGGCCACCCAGAGUUUGAGGCGGGAAACGUGAGCACCAGCUUCAUCCCCCAGCACUACAGCGACCUCUUCCCCGCACCAAUCGCACCCUCUGGGGUCACGCUGUGCCAGGCCGCCCUGGGCUUGGUGCUUCAGGAGAGGAAAUGCACAGAGGAGUUCACACAGAGCUCCAACGAUCCGUACUCCCCAUUUGGUUCCAGUAGUGGUCGGAGACUCAACAUGCUGUUUAACAGAAAUGUGACACUCCAGCUGGCAGACAAGAAAGUGGAUAUGGUGGUCUCGUAUAACAGCGAUGGGAGCUACACUAUGCGGAUUGGCGGCGAGGUGUACCAUGCAACAGGAGAGGUGGAGGCAGAGGGCGGAGCUUCAUUCUUGCACUGUUCUGUGAACGGGGUAAAGUCCCGUCCCAAACUGGUCAUCCUCAACAACACUGUCCACCUCUUCUCAAUGGAAGGUUGCGCUGAAGUCUCCAUACCUGUACCCAAGUAUCUGGCUGGUGUGAGUGGUUCUGGGGCCCAGGGUGGAGCUGUGGCCCCUAUGACUGGAACUAUAGAGAAGGUGCUGGUGAAGGCCGGAGACAAGGUGGAUGUUGGAGACCCUCUCAUGGUCAUGAUUGCCAUGAAGAUGGAGCACACCAUCCGGGCGCCAAAGUCGGGUGUGAUCAAGAAGGUGUUUUUCACCGAGGGCUCCCAGGCCAACCGCCACGCUCCGCUGGUGGAACUGGAAGAGGAGGAGGAGGAGGAGGAGAAGGGAGCGGAGGGCAGCCAGUAAACCUUACACACAUGCACAGGCUCAUGAAUUAAGUGCGAUACACAGCGGUGUUGAUUUGGUUGACGAAAAGUCUUUGUCAACGACCUGACGAAAACGAGUUAACUAAAGGUAACCU